AUGUUCAUAAUCAACAUUUUGAAGGAUCUUGAAGCAUUAGGAGCAAGUAAUGGAACUUACUGUAAGUCAUUCUCAACGAAGUUGCGUAUCAUGAUUUCAUUUGCAUCUUGGAAUAAGACAGUGAAUAUUUGGAAAGACGGAAUAGUUUUUGAUCACACUUAUCGUGUAAAUGUCUCAUAUUUUAACAAGAUUACACACUCCUUUGUGCUGCUAACGAUUGAGAGUGUGUCAGAUUUAAGUACUGAGUACACUUUUUCUUGGGAACAACAGAAAUUUGCUGAUGCUCAGUUAGAGGAAUCAAAUAGCAAUGCACUAGACAAUGGAAAUAAUGAAUUUUGUCUACGACUAGGUUACUCGUUGGUGAUUUAA